GGUGGGUGUGAAUUGAGGGGAAUAGGGGUCGAUGAAGCGAUACGUGGGAGAAGAAAAUCGAAGCCGAAGCCGCAAUUUAGCGUGAGGACAAUCAUUUGUACCGCCCUUCGAAGUAAGCGAAACGGUGGGGCAUCUAAUGUUCGGAGGUGUCUAAGGGAGGAUUGUGACUGGCCUUUUUUGGAGAAGGAAAACAACAUGGCCGCGGUGGAGCUCGAGUGGAUCCCAGAGUCACUAUAUAACACCGCGAUAUCGGUCGUGGUGGACAAUUACAUUCGCUCAAAGAAGGACAUACGGUCGCUCCCGGAAAACAUACAGUUCGAUGUUUACUACAAGCUUUACCAGCAGGGCAGGCUCUGCCAACUGGGAGGGGAGUUUUGUGACCUGGAGGUGUUUGCUAAAGUUCUUCGGGCUUCAGACAAAAGGCACCUCCUACACCACUGUUUCCAAGCCUUAAUGGACCAUGGGGUGAAAGUUGCCUCAGUGCUGGCCAACUCUUUCAGCCGCCGCUGCUCCUACAUUGAAGAUUCUCACACUCAUGUCAAAGAGAAGGCGAUCCAAUUCGGCUUUGUGCUCGGGGGGUUCUUGUCUGACGCUGGCUGGUAUGGAGAUGCUGAGAAAGUGUUUCUUUCCUGCUUGCAGCUCUGUGCUCUCCACAUUGAGGUGCUACAUUGUUACAGGGCUGUGGAAUGUUGUGUCAGGAUUCUUCAUGUGCGCAAUGGCAAUUGUAAGUACCACCUGGCAGAAGAGACCUUCAAGCUUGCUCAGUCUCAUAUGGAAAAAUUAGCCAAACAUGGCCAUGAGGCCAACAAGGCAGCACUGUAUGGGGAGUUUUGUGCCUUGCUUUUUGCCAAAAGUCAUUAUGAUGAGGCAUACAGAUGGUGUGUAGAGGCCAUGAAGGAAAUUACUCCAGAGCUGCCAGUAAAAGUAGUCAUUGAUGUCCUUCGCCAGGCUUCCAAGGGGAAUCUACUAUUUCAGUGUGUUAAAUGUAUCAAUCUACUGCAGGCCUGUGUGGUGAAGAGAGAAUUCAGAAAAGCAGAACAGCUGAUUAAACAUGGUGUGUUUCUAGCAAGAGAACACUUUGGGCUCAAGCAUCCUAAAUACUCUGACACGCUGCUGGAUUAUGGGUUUUACUUAUUAAAUGUAGACAACAUAUGCCAGUCAGUUGCUAUUUACCAGACAGCAUUGGACAUCAGACAGUCUGUAUUUGGAGGAAAAAACAUCCAUGUUGCCACAGCUCAUGAAGACCUGGCCUAUUCAUCCUAUGUUCACCAGUACAGCUCUGGAAAAUUCGAUAAUGCUCUAUUCCAUGCAGAACGUGCCAUCGACAUCAUUACUCAUAUUCUACCUGAGGAUCAUCUGCUCCUGGCCUCCUCCAAGAGAGUCAAAGCCCUGAUCUUGGAGGAAAUUGCUAUUGAUUGCCACAAUAAGGAGACAGAAGAGCGCCUACUGCAGGAGGCUCAUGAUCUGCACUUGUCCUCAUUGCAGCUGGCAAAGAAGGCCUUUGGAGAGUUCAACGUCCAGACAGCCAAACAUUAUGGCAACCUAGGACGACUCUAUCAGUCCAUGCGAAAGUUUAAGGAAGCAGAGGAGAUGCACAUCAAAGCCAUCCAGAUUAAGGAGCAGCUUUUGGGCCAUGAGGACUAUGAGGUGGCACUAUCUGUGGGUCACCUCGCCUCCCUUUACAACUACGACAUGAACGCCUAUGAAGAUGCAGAGAGGCUCUACCUGCGCUCCAUUUCUAUCGGAAAGAAGCUGUUUGGAGAGGGAUACAGUGGGUUGGAGUACGAUUACAGAGGCCUGAUCAAACUCUACAACUCUGUGGGUAACUUUGAGAAGGUAUUUGAAUACCACAAUAUACUAUCCAACUGGAAUCGCCUGAGGGACCGACAAUUUGCUGUGGCAGAUGCCCUUGAGGAUGUCAACACUACGCCCCUACUGACCCAGGAAGUGGUUCAUGGGUUCUUGUUUGUUCAAAGCUUACCCAACCAAACACCAAAUCCAGCCUUUCCUUGGGUGACAUAGUAGGAGAUCAAAACACGCGUGGGAUUACGAUCAGUGAGAACAUAAAAUUGUGAUUUAUGUGACUGCUUGGUCGCAAGCGUUAUUCAACUGUUGUUCAUUCUGAUGGUUAUGUCACUGCAGUUGCCUGCACAUGAACAGACAAUAAAUAGAUUCAUGGGAUGGAGAGGCGAAACAUCUCAACGCAACCAUCGAAAUCCACCUGUAGUCUGAAUCUUUUUGCAUCUUAACCUCACAGAGCAGAUUGAGUAAAAUACCCUCAGAACCCUGAAUGAAUUGUUCUCAGAAAGCGUGGAUGGAAACUGUUGCGAAAAUGGAUUUUAGUUUCCAAAACAAGGUUUGUCACAUCUGUAAGGGCCAAUCAAAACACAAGUAAAUGGUGCUGAAGUGUAGUCUACAAUCUGCUUGAUUGACAUCCAGCCAAUGCUGUGAAUAUGUACUUUUAUCAAUAAAUGCUUCCAGUGCUGUUUUUCUAGUCUUCUCUUAAGAAGAAAUGUCACUUUCAUUCAAAUUAGCAGCUAUGCACUUGGACAAAAUGGUUGGUAGCCCUCUGUUAUUGAAAGAAAAAGCCACAGUGUUCACAUAACUUGAAUCUGGCAAAAGUAAUAAUACAUUAAAAAAAAAAAUGAAAAUUCACCAAUGAAAAUCAGACAUUGCUUUUGAAUUGUGGUAAACCUGAAUAUUUUCUUGCACAACUUUUAAGGGAAUCAAUCAUCAAAUGAUUUUUGAAACUUUCAAUUCGACUUCUGUACCUCACAGCAGGUUUUUUGGCUUCCUCUCCAUGAGCAAACUGCUCCAGUUGUCGCAGGUUUGAAGGGUGCUUUCUCCAGACAGAAUGUUUCAGCUCCUUCUCCACAUGUUCAAUAAGACUUAAAUCUCAUACAAGGGCAAUUUCUGUCAAUAUGGUACAUUGAGGGGAAAAAAAUGAACUUAAAUGAUUUUAGCUUGCACUAUAACAAAGAGUGAAAAAUGCAAGGGGGUUUGAAUACUUUCCACACCCGCUGUAGAUAGAGCUGAUGUGCCUUGCCAAAAAGUUUGUUUUGUCUCACCUGUCCCGAGGACAUUCUCCCAAAAGCUUUGCGGCUUGACAACAUGCAGUUUGGCGAAUAUCAGUCUUGCUUUUGUAUGAUUUAUUUUCAACAGUGGUGUCCUCCUUGGUCGUCUCCCAUCAAGUCCACUUUGGCUUAAAGGACAAAUGGAUGGUGUGAUCUGACACUGAUGUGACUUGACCUUGGAGUUCACCCAUAAUUUCUUUGGAGCUUGUUCUGGGCUCUUUUGUUACCAUUCGUAUUCUCCGUCUCUUCAAUUUGUUAUGAAGUUUCUGCAUGCGGCCACGUCCGGGGAGGUUGGCCCGCAGUCCUGCGGAUCUUAAAUUUCUGAAUAAUAUGUGCAACUGUCGUCACAGGAACAUCAAGCUGCUUGGAGAUGGUCUUCUAGCCUUUACCUUUAACGUGCUCGUCUAUAAUUUUCUUUCUGGUCUCCUGAGACAACUCUCCUUCGAUUUCUCUGGUCCACGUUUGUGGUUCAAACCACAUCAGCAAACAGCACAUCGAUUACUCGUCACCCUUUAAAUCGGCCGACUGACUGAUUACAAGUUUGAAGAGACCUGGGAUGCUAAUGAGAGGACACACCUUGUUUGAACAUGUCCCUGUGGUCAAAUUAUUUUCAAUCUUUUGGAGGGGCAUCAUAGGUUUUGUCCAGGCCCGUUUCAUGAGUGUGUUUUUUUGAAAUUCUGUUGAACUACAAUUUCAAACUGAUUUUGAUUGGUUAAUUUUCAUUCUUUUUUUUUUAUUUAUGAUUAUGUUUGUCAGGUUUCAGUUAUGUGACCACUGUGAAUUGUUUUGUUCAUUAACAGAGGGAUACCAAACAUUCUGUCCACAUGUGUGCUGCAUCUCAACAUGUCUUAUGAGCAUGCACCUUCUCACUUUCUGCACAUGAAACCUUAAACUGAUUGUGUUGAUCCCAUUCACAGUCAUAUCAGUUCAAAAUUGUGCCAAGUGGAUGUCCAUUUGGAAGAUGAAUAUGCUUGUACUCUCAUACAGUCAUGCCACAGUCUUACAAGAUUAGUUUCAACCAGGGUUGGAGUUACCUGGGAGCCAAGCCUCCACGAAACAUACCUGAGCUCCCAUAAUUGCAGUCAGUUCAUCAAUGUGUGGAGGAAUUUUAUUCAUGGUCAAAAUGUAUUAUUUUCUUGAAAGUAUUGCAUUUUCUCAUGGAAAACCGCAACUUGUGGAUGACAACAUUGGUUUGUCUUUUAAGACGGUGUUCCCCAACCUUCUUUGCACUGUGGACCGGUGAGGAGGCAGCAUUUUUCUCACGGACCGCCUGUGGUGGCGCGAAUACACACACGCAUGAUAUAAUAUACACACACACACACGUUUGCGCUUUGUCCUUUGUGGUGCGUCCACUGUGGGUGCGACGCAGGGGUGGGGGUCGGAGUUACUGUAGGCAGCCAGACCGGACUGCACUUCCCUAGCUCCUCGAGAAUAAUAAUAACAAUAAGAGUGGACUUUGAACUCCGUAAAAGUAGUUCUGCCUGUGUCGAGCAGCAACCUACGACUGUAUCUGUAUCAGAGCGGACUUGGUGUGUGAGAGUUAACUGUUGCGGUAAACCCUAUUUUAAGUAGGACUCCUGAUAUCGUGUCGUUUCAUUCGCAAGUGUUUCGUUCAAAAGAGCAAAUCUUUUCAGUCAACGUCAUGAACUGAAUUAGUUUAUGAAAUGAUAUUCAUUGUUUGAGCUCUCCCGCCGUGAGUCAGCCCGCUCGGACCGGAAACGGAAGCGUCCGAGCCGGCUGAGACCGGAAACGGAAGCGUUCUGUGCAGUCUCGACGUGUCAAUUGAGACACGCAGCUGGCGCGGUGGAGAAGAUCCGGUCAAUUUUCAAAAGAAAACACAUUGACACGUGAAUUGCAAUACGACAGAAAUGAUAUGAAUUGGUCAUUGUUUCUCUGCGGCCCGGUAACAAAUGCCUCGUGGCCCGGUACCGGUCCGUGGACCGGUGGUUGGGGACGACUGUUUUAAGAGACUGAGAGACUUUUUGUUUUCUUCAUUUUCUGACUUGAACAUUAUGAGCUCAAAGGACCGUGACAGAAGCCUCAUGUCACUUUGGUCCAUUCUUUUUGCAGUAAGACGAAAGUUUUAGCUCGACAAAUCUCUUGUGUUAUGUGCUGAGUACCGCGCCGUCAUAUUUUUUUUUUGCAGAGUUAGUCUUAGAGUAUGUGUUUGUGUCCUCACGAUAAAAGUCAAACCCUGGUUUCAACCCACACUUUUCCACACACACGAGAUGGACUUUUUUUUUUUUUUUUCUUCUUCCUUCUUCACAAUAUAUGAAGAACUUCUAAAAUGUGUGAUGAGCCAUUUAGUAUAUUGUUACACACACACAAACACAUGCACAGGCAACUCUGUUGUUUCCCCAGCCAGGCCCAUAAAAUCAAUCCAUUUCAAAAAUGAAGAAAUGUCCUGUAAAUGAAGAUCUUUUGUUAGCGGAUGCUUUCGUUCCAAAGGAACACGUCUUAAAAAGUAGGAAGAUGCUACAUGUACAGUCUCAUGAUAACGCUGUGAAACACACCAAUAUUUCGGUUUGAGUUGAAACGAUCUGUGGAUCAGGAUAUGCAGAAUUCUGGAUGCCGAAAUGUUCAUUGAUCAGUGCCAGCUUUCACGAGUUUGCUGUUGUCAGUCUUUACAGAACUAUUCUUAAAAGUGCUAAAUAAAUACUAAUGCCUUCAAGAGAACGACCCUGGGGAGUUUGUGUGUGUGUGUGUGUGUGCGUGCCCCUGUCUGUCAAUUUUCUACCUGUUAAUUUUGUUCAGGGUCAUGGGUGAGUAGACCUCCUAGUAGAUUUGGGGCAAGAGGAGGGGUCCACUGGAUUGCUUGCCAGUCAACACACAAACGGCCUUUCUUCUCCACUGUGUCCUGUCAAAUUUCUCAUGAAAGCAAAAUCAUGUUUGCCCACGUCUGUUGCACAGUUUUGUUGAAUUCCAAUUGUUGAAUUGACUCACACCUUCCAAAAGGUUCAGCUUUCUUCUCGUCAGUGCA